CCCAUACCUGGCUCCUCCAACCCCAUGCCUGACUCCUCCACCCCCCUGCCUGGCUCCUCCACCCCCAUACCUGGCUCCUCCACCCCCAUGCCUGACUCCUCCACCCCCAUACCUGGCUCCUCCACCCCCAUACCUGGCUCCUCCACCCCCAUACCUGGCUCCUCCACCCCCAUACCUGGCUCCUCCACCCCCAUGCCUGACUCCUCCACCCCCAUACCUGGCUCCUCCACCCCCAUGCCUGGCUCCUCCACCCCCAUACCUGGCUCCUCCACCCCCAUGCCUGACUCCUCCACCCCCAUACCUGGCUCCUCCACCCCCAUGCCUGGCUCCUCCACCCCCAUGCCUGGCUCCUCCACCCCCAGUGCACGGGAGCUGCGUGUGAAGACCAGCAGGGUUUCUGCCAGCCUGAACACCAGCCAUGUCCCUGGAGGUGGGCAGAGUGAUCAGAGGCCUGUGCAGGCUGCUCCUCCAGCACCCAGGGACUGCUCUGAUCAUAUGAUCAGUGGAGCGCAGAACAACGGCGUCUACCAAGUGACCCCUGACCCCCGAAACAAAAGCUUCUCAGUGUUCUGUGACAUGACAUCACACCGUGGUGGCUGGACGGUCCUGCAGCGGCGCCAUAGCGGUAGAGUGAGCUUCAACCGCAGCUGGGAAGAGUACCGGAGAGGAUUCGGGGGGCUGGCGGGAGGGGAUUUCUGGCUGGGCAAUGACCACAUCCACCUGCUUACCCGGUCCAGGAACAUGGUGCUCCGGGUGGAUCUGGAGGACCUCAUGGGGGCUCGGGGGUAUGCGGAGUACAGCCUGUUCCGGGUGGCCAGCGAGAGGAUGCGUUACCGCCUGUCUGUGGGAGGGUACUCAGGCACGGCAGGGGACGCGCUACGCUUCAGCAAGAACUACAACCACAACAACCAGGCCUUCACCACCCCAGAUCGUGACCACGACCGCUACCCCUCUGGGAACUGCGGGGCGUACUAUGGCUCCGGCUGGUGGUUUGAUGCUUGCAUGGGUUCCAACCUCAAUGGGAAGUAUUACGUGGGCCGGUAUAAAGGAGUGAGGAACGGAAUCUACUGGGGCACAUGGCCAAACAUAUCAGCAGAGUUUUACCCCACAAACUACAGACUGGUUUUCAAGUCGGUUCGCAUGAUGAUCAGGCCCAGAGGCUUUGCACCGUAAGCAGCGCAGCGAAGGGACGCCAUCUGGGCAUGCUUGAAUGCAAGGAGGAAGGACUCUUUCUAGGCAAAUGUGAUUUUAACCAAUAACCUUAAAUCAAAUAUUACCGUAACUUUAUCCCUAACCUAUUGGUGAAGCACAAACAACCGGGCCCCCACGGUUAGUGUAAUGCUACCACCUAGUGUUAAUAAUUCAUACUGCUAUUUCAAGGGUUUAGCGUGAACUGUAAGGAUGUAGAUAUUUACAGACGUUUUUAAUCUUCUUAUAGUCUAUUUGUUUACUACUGGUAAGAAAUGUGGAAACAUGAUUUAUGUGAUUUAUGAGCUGUGACGGAAAGAGAAAGUACUCUAUUUCGAAGUGUUUUUGCUCAUUGGGGUGUGUAAAGAAAAGGUCAUUGCUAUUGUACUGGAAUGAUUGUUUGAUAGUCAAUUGAUAUAUUACCGUUGAAUGUUUUAUACUCUCUGUUGAAAUACAAUUAAAUUGU